GUGUCCAUCUCUCUGCCCUCUUCCCCUCCAGACCCUGAGGACACACUGAGUGUGAGCGUCCCACUGGAGCUGCCUCAGCGCCCUCUACUGGGCAGCACCUUGGUACUACCCUGCUACUUCCAGGAUCACACCGUCCACGACCCCGGCGCCCCCACCAUUGCCCCCCUGUCCCACCGCAUCAAAUGGAGCCGCGUCACUAAGGAGCGUGUCUCUGUCAUCCUGGUGGCCAUGGACGGAGAGGUCAAGGUGGAGGAGGACUAUCUGGACCGGGUCCACAUGGUGGGCUACCCCCAGACCCCCACUGACGCCAGCAUCAAGAUCACAGAGUUGAGGUCCAACGACACCGGCACCUACCGAUGUGAGGUCCAGCACGGCAUCGAGGACAACCAUGACACUGUGGACGUCCUGGUUCAAGGUAUCGUGUUUCACUACCGGGCCAUCACGACACGCUACACUCUGACCUUUGAGAAGGCCAAGGCAGCCUGUAUCCAGAACAGUGCUGUGAUCGCGACCCCAGAGCAGCUCCAGGCCGCGUAUGAUGACGGCUUCCACCAGUGUGACGCCGGCUGGCUCUCCGACCAGACUGUCAGGUACCCAAUCCAUGAUCCACGUGAGAAUUGUUAUGGCGACAAAGACGAGUUCCCCGGGGUGCGAACUUACGGAGUGAGAGAUGUCAACGAGACUUACGACGUGUACUGUUUUGCCGAGAAGAUGACAGGCAGUGUGUUCUACUCUGCCUCUGUGGCUAAGUUCACCUACUCUGAGGCUGAGGAACAGUGUAGUAAGCAGGGGGCCCUGUUGGCCACCACAGGACAGCUGUACCUGGCCUGGCAGGCUGGUCUGGAUGUGUGCAAUGCAGGCUGGCUAGGAGACAGGAGCGUCCGCUACCCCAUCAAUGUCCGGAGGCCGCAGUGUGGAGGGGGUCUGCUGGGGGUACGGACCGUGUACCUCCACGUCAACCAGACGGGGUACCCCCUCCCCGAAUCCCGCUACGAUGCCUACUGCUACACAGAAACGGACGAGGAGGGCUCAGGCAUGGUGGUGCCCACCGAGGCGGGCAGCGGCGUGCUGAGCGUUGCCACGGUGACCCAGGGUCCUCCCGAGUUGUUCUACAGGAACAUGACCACAGAGAGCGAGGCGCUGGGUGAGGACCUGGCCACCCAGAAACCCACUAGCGUGGACUUCACCUUUGGCACUGAGUUGCCCCUGCCACAGUCGCCCAGUGUCACCGAGCUGCCCCUGCCACAGCCGCCCAGUGUCACCGAGCUGCCACAGCCGCCCAGUGUCACCGAGCUGCCACAGCCGCCCAGUGUCACCGAGCUGCCACAGCCGCCCAGUGUCACCGAGCUGCCACAGCUGCCCAGUGUCACCGAGCUGCCUCUGCCACAGCCGCCCAGUGUCACCGAGCUGCCUCUGCCACAGCCGCCCAGUGUCACCGAGCUGCCCCUACCACAGCCGCCCAGUGUCACCGAGCUGCCUCUGCCACAGCCGCCCAGUGUCACCGAGCUGCCUCUGCCACAGCCGCCCAGUGUCACCGAGCUGCUCCUGCCACAGCCGCCCGGUGUCACCGAGCUGCUCCUACCACAGCCGCCCAGUGUGAGAGAGUUGGUUGUGGAUGUGGUGGGGAGAGUAACGGCCAGGCCGGAUGUGUGGAGCGUGGUGUUCCACUACCGUGCUGGAUCUAGCCGCUACGCCUUCACCUUCGUGGAGGCCCAGCUGGCCUGUCAGAGUGUUGGAGCCUCCAUCGCCACCCCAGAGCAGCUCCAGGCUGCCUACGAAGCCGGCUACAACCAGUGUGAUGCAGGCUGGCUUCUGGAUCAGACCGUCAGGUAUCCCAUCGUGUCUCCUCUGGAAAAGUGCCCUGGGGAUCUGGAGACUUUACCAGGAGUGAGGUCCUAUGGACUGAGGCCCGCUGACGAACACUACGAUGUGUACUGCUACGUGGACAGACUCAGGGGUGAUGUGUUCCAUGCUGGCUCCAGUGAGGGCUUCACCUAUGACGGUGCUCUGGCUCACUGUCAGGAGCUGAACGCUACCCUGGCCUCUACUGGACAGCUCUACGCCGCCUGGAGACAAGGCUUGGAUAAGUGCCGCGCAGGUUGGCUAAUCGACCGGAGUGUCCGGUACCCCAUCACCAACCCCCGGGUGGCGUGUGGUGCAGGGAAGGCAGGGGUGUACACAGUAUACACCCACAACAACCAGACGGGAUUCCCAGACUUGUAUUCCAGAUAUGACGCCUACUGCUUCAAAGUGGACAUCUUGCUUCUUGCCAAUGAAACUGGAUUGAACAUCACAGAGAUAGAAGAGUCUUUGGUUAACCUCACAUCCAUCACUGAUUUGCUGAGGCCUGUCCUGCCUUCCAUCACUCCUCCCAUCUCUGUGGAGUCCUCAGGCUCUGCAGAGAUUCCCAGCGGAUCGUCUGGUCUGAGUAGUGAAGAUCCGUCCGGCUCGGGGCUGAGUGGAGACGGAUCGGGAAUAACGGUCACCUUCUCUUCAGGGAGUGGCAGUGUUUUAUCUGGUUUGGGCUCUGGGGGUCCUCAGGAGGCUGGAGAGGGAAUCACUGGGAUCCUCACCUUCCCCUCAGAAAUGGGAUUGGGAAUGUUCAGUGGCAGUGAGUUCCUGUCGGGAUGGGGAAGUGGCUCCGGUGUCAGUUCUGAGGAGAGCGGCUCUUCGUCUGACAGCUCCAGCAGCUCUGGGGAAAGUGGGGGGUGGUCUGGAAUGUCGUCCGGCUCCAGCUCUAGUUCCAGUGAGGAGUUUUCCGGAUUUCCCUCAGGAUUCUUUCCCUCAGGAGGCUCCAGUGGUCAUUCGGGAGAGGAGUCGGGAAGCGGAGACACUCAGGUCCUGCUGAUCGAUGGGAAACUGAUGGAGGUUUCCACCUCUCACACACACAAAGAGAAGGAGCUGGGUGGAGGGGGCCUGGAAUUCAGCGGUUCGGCCUCAGGCAGCAGCGGCUCAGGGUUCUUCCCUGAUGUGACCUUCUUGGGGUCAGGGUUUACCGACCUCACGGGGUCAGCCUCAGGGGAACAGGAGGCCUCGGGGUCUCUCCACUACGGCUCCGGAAGCGGUGAUAUCAGCGGUUCGGCCUCAGGCAGCAGUGGCUCAGGGUUCUUCCCGAGUGUGAACUUCUUUGGGUCAGGGUUUACUGACCUCACGGGGUCAGCCUCAGGGGAACAGGAGGCCUCGGGGUCUCUCCACUACGGCUCCGGAAGUGGUGAUAUCAGCGGUUCGGCCUCAGGCAGCAGUGGCUCAGGGUUCUUCCCGGGUGUGACCUUCUUGGGGUCAGGGUUUACCGACCUCACAGGGUCAGCCUCAGGGGAACAGGAGGCCUCGGGGUCUCUCCACUACGGAUACGGAGCGGGAAGAGGUGGAUACGCAUCAGGGUUCGGAACGUCGGGCUUCCCAUCCGGGGACAUGUCUGGAAUCUCCAGAUCCUCCACCAGCGAUGAGGAGGACAGCGCUGUCACCUUCCUGACUAAUGACUUCAUGACAGAGGUUUCCAAGGCGACCACGGUUUCCAUGGAGCUGGGGGCUGGGCCAGUGCAGUUCAGUGGGCAGGGAAGCGGGUCCCACACAGGGAACGGUGCUGACCACCCAACCCAGGCCAGCGGUGUCUCAUCUGGGGCACACUCUGGAGAUCUGCUCCCUGUGGUGCUGUCCUCUCCGCCCAGCAACAGGGAGCUUAUGGAGGGCACAGAGGGGCCAGAGGAGGCCAUGGCUGGCGGGGCUGAGCUGGGGGAGACCACCAGCGAGUUUUACAUGACCUUUGCCCCCAACCUUGCUCCCGCCGGAUUGGCUGCCCCAGCCAUCUCCCUGCAGACCCCUGCCGUCAUGGAGGAGCCAUCCUCAGAGGAGGGUAUCCCUAACCCAUGUGACCCUAACCCGUGUGGUGCUGGGUCAUGCUCAGUGGAGGAUGGUGUUGGGCUGUGCCAGUGUCCGCCCGGGAAAGUGGGAGAAGGGUGCCAGUAUGAGGUUGAUGUGUGCCAUUCCAACCCUUGUGCCAAUGGAGCCACCUGUGUGGAAAAUGCAGACUCUUACAAAUGCUUAUGCCUGCCCAGCUACGGAGGGGACCGCUGCGAGAUUGACGAGCAGGAUUGUGAGGAGGGGUGGACUAAGUUUCAGGGCAACUGUUACCUGCACUUCCCCGAGAGAGAGACCUGGCUGGACGCCGAGCAGCGCUGCCGAGACCUCAGCGCUCACCUGGUCAGCAUCAUCACCCCAGAGGAACAGCACUUUGUCAACUCCAACGGCCAGGACUACCAGUGGAUUGGGCUCAAUGACAAGACAGUGGAGAAUGACUUCCGCUGGAUAGACGGCACACCACUGCAAUUUGAGAACUGGCGGCCGAACCAGCCGGAUAACUACUUUAACUCUGGAGAAGACUGUGUGGUGAUGAUCUGGCACGAGAACGGCCAAUGGAACGACGUUCCCUGCAACUACCACCUGCCCUUCACCUGCAAGACUGGCCCAGUCUACUGUGGCGCACCGCCAGAGGUGGAGAAUGCCAAGAUGUUCGGCAGCAGGCGGGAGCAGUAUACUGUGGGGUCCAUCAUCCGCUACCAGUGUAACCCAGGCCUCCUACAGCGCCACCUGCCUGUGGUGCGCUGCAUGGCAGACGGACAGUGGGAGAAGCCACAGGUGGAAUGUAUGGGCGGUGAGUAG